CCUGAUAAGGUGAGCCUUGCUCCUGCCACUUUGGUAUUAACGUUGGCUUUUCUUUUUUUUUAAAGCUUUCUCUCUCUGAUAAGAGAGACACUGUUUCGAGUAGGAUGGAUUUUCUCCAUCUCUUUCCUCUCAGUCUCUAUCAAGUACUUGACACCCUUCCAAACUGUCUCCUGCUUGACUGUUGGCCAGGUCCUGCUCAUGAGUUGAGAAAGUGGCACAGUCUAACACCGGCAGAUCUUCAUAAUCUCAGUGCCCAGUUAAUUGAAACAGAAGUGGAUACACACUUCAGGUCGUAUCUUAUAAAUAUCAGCUGGAGCCUCAGCAUGGAUGCCAGCAUCAAAGAACUGACAGCCACAAAGAUCUGUGUGAUGAGUAAAGGAAUCAGAGAACAUUUUGAGUGUAUUCGGUGCAAUUACACAGAGAAGUUUCAAAGUCAAACCAUGUUUGGGAAUAGAAGAUGGCAGUUCCAUUACAUUGGAUUCCCUGUAGAACCAGAAAUGUUUUAUUCUAUCAGUGCUUACAACCUUCCCCCAGCAAAUAUAUAUGAGGAUUCUCCAUCAAAAUCCAUCAUGUUAACUUCACCAGGUUGUAAAGAUAAUGUAAUGAAAUACAGCAAAAGUUGCAUAGAAGUGGGAAGUCUGUGGAAUCCAAAUAUAACUGCAUGUAAAAUAGAGGCAGAAGUGGAAGUGAAUUUUACCACAAGUAGCCUUGGGACCAAAUAUACCAUACUUCUCUAUGAGUGUGAGAAAUGUGAUGUACCUAUUGAAUGGGAUUUGACGACAAAGAUCAAUGAAACUAGAACUUCUGUUAGAAUACCAGUGAGUGAUCAAAGCAACAAUAUUUCUGUACAGAUCAUUCCGUAUUUUACCAAAUGCAAAUAUGAUUGUCGAAGGCAUAAAGGAACCCUAACAUGUGUUCAAAACCACAGUAAUGGGAGCAUCACAAUUCAUUCAACUGGAAGAUAUGUGUGUUUCAUGCUUGUUGCUUUAUUUGUAACUCUGUGUGUGAUUGCUGCUGUAGUAUUUUUCAGGAACCAUGAUACAAAGAAAAUAUUUUUCCAUCAUGCAGAGCUACAACAACCGGUUAAAGUACUGGUUAUCUAUCCAAAAGAAGUGUGUUUUCAGCAUACAGUCCUGGCUUUUGCUGAAUUUCUGCAAAAACACUGUCAAAGUGAUGUCAUUAUCGAUGUGUGGCAGAAAAGGAGAAUUGCUGAAAAAGGCCCAGUACAAUGGCUUGCUAUUCAGAAAGAAAUUGCAGAUAAGAUAAUUUUCCUCAGCUCAAGCUAUAGCAUUACUGAUUGUGAUGCUGUUUGCCAUGAAAGCAUAAGAAACCACAAAAACAACACUGAGUGUAUGUUCACUCUUGCAUUUAACUUCUUCUGCAGUGAUAUGAAAAAUAUAUCUUCUCUGCACAAAUACAUGGUGGUUUCUUUUAAUGAAAUAAAUUCAAAGGACACUCUCCCAAGUGCGCUCAACAGCUGUCCAAAAUAUUGUCUUAUGAAGGACAUUGACAUCUUUUGUAGAGAUCUUUCUAGUUCAAAUAGGUAGGCCCAUGGCACAAAUAGAAAAUUAGUAUGUGGUUAGAGCCCUACCACCAAAUGUAUACAAACUGAGGAAUACAAUAUAUUACGUUCUACAAUAUCGAACGGUCUCAGCAGCAGUUGAAUAUGAUUUUGUAAGGCACUUGAUGGAUUUGAAAUGAGUUUGCUUUGGUGAAAUUAAUUCUGGAUAAAACAAGCUUUACUUUCAGCCUUUUCACUGCUUAAUUGCAGGAUCAGGGCAAAAAUCAGUUAAGAGAAACUGAAGCGAUAAAAGUCUACAUAGGAGAGGUAGCCACCCAUUCACCAGUGAACUAUAAACUCCUUUAUAUAAUUAUGAAGAAAUACUUAAAGAUAGUCAUUUAAUUAUAAAGCUAGUUUUUAGAAUUACAGAAAAGAGUAUACAAUGAAAAGAUAGGUAUUGUCAAUUUGAUAUGGAAUUAUCAUUGUUACCAUAUUGUAUUUGGAAAAUAAAACAAACUUUUAAAAAAUUAAUGGCCCUAUAGCCUUUGGGGCAUGAUUUGGUCUUAUGUUUAAAACACAUUCUAAAAAAGGAGAAAAACAGAUAAAUUAAAACAUGAAGGGAAAAUAUCUUGAAUCACUUUCUGAUGAGAGGAGAAAAAUUACCAUUUUCUGUGUUUCAUAGGUUGUUUAAAUUUAUCUUGUGCACGUUAGCAGGUUUUUUCCCUUGAUCUGCUUAUUGGAUUUAAUUGUAACUAAAACUUCAUGUCCUCCUCUGGACUGUUAAUGCUACAAGAUUAUUAUACUCCUAUAUGAUAAAUUUGUGUCUGAGUAAGUUUUGUAGUGUAAAUAAAGGAUUUAAUACAUUUAUAUAAUAGUUAUAGCAGUUCUCUUCUUGGAGUGUCUGAUGCUCAACUGCUAAGGAACUUAAGUGUAUUUAAGAAGCAACACUUGUUUCCCACCCUGACUGACUAAAAGAAGGGAACAACUGGAUAGGCCAUUAAUACUCCUGUUUGGUUCAUGAAAUCAUCUGCCAUAUUUACAAGUCAGCCCUCACUGAUGACCAUAUGGAAUCAUGAAAUGUUUAUUGUUCAGAACCCAGUUGAAGACUAUCAAAUCCAAAUAUAAUCUCUGUAAAUAUGUACAUUUUCUGUAAUACAGUUCAGCUACCACAUUUAUAAAAAUUAAAUAAUUGUUUUAUACAGUUAGAUUUGUGGACCCUUCUUGUUACAGCAAAACUAGCAACAAUAUUUAACUUAGACAAAGAUACCAGAUUGGGUAUUCCUUGGUUAUGCUUCCAGUAGCUUGGGACGAAAAAAAGUCAGAGAUAGACUGUCUUCAGCUCUCUGCAACAAAUGUACAGGAAAGGUACACAGAUAUAGCUCACUGCUUUUGAUUUAAGAUUACACCAAUGUUUUAACAUUAAUGCAUUUUCCCAGAACACUUUUAAGAAAAUUAGCUCUUAAACAAUUUUUCUUUUGUUUUUUAAAAAGAUGCCUCCUUGGUAGUCACUAAAAUGCUGGAAGUAUCCCUAUGAUGUUUAUAUUUAUAGUCUAGCAUUGGUUGUUAUAACAGACAGGGUGGGAUAAGCCACAACAAACUAAGCACUAGCAGUGCAGGAAUGGUCUGGGCAUAUUCCCCCAUAAUGCGGAAUGUUGCCACCAAAUAGUUCCGGGGUGGUAUUAACAAUAGCGGGGUGGUAUUACUGUGGGUGAGCUGGAGAUUUCAAAAUUGUCACUUCAGAUAACAUUUGACUUUUUACAGUUAGUGUAAAUCUUUUUUGCCUGUCUAAGCAGUGGAUAGUAGUGAGAAGCAUUUCAGCUUCAUGGUCCUCUCCAUCCUUCUGUGUGAAUAAGGGCUAUCUGUCAAAGGUGAGCUCCUGCUGCUUUUACUGUGAUAGCGCUAAACACGGGUGUGCUGACUCAGAUGCAGUGUUUUGGGGAUAUUUUUAAGGGGGGAGAGGGAGGAGCCAAUAACUGUCGGUGGUUUUGGAUGUUGACAAGUCUUCCUGACAGUGAAAACAUGCAAGAAAAUAGGUAAAACACAGCUUCAAUUGUCAUAGAGAAAUGGUCUUUUUCUCUUUGAAGUUAGCAUAGAUUCUGGAAGAGAAACCACCACUAGGAAGAGUAACUGUAAGCUGCUACUCGUUUUAGUGUUACACAUAUCAUCAUCCCUGUUAAAUGUUUAGUAUCUUGUGUUUAUUUUUUCCAUAUUUUGCAUUAAACUUAUCCAAGUAUUUGUAACCACCAGAACUUUGUAUAUUUAUACGGACAAAAACUUAUUACAUGGAUUCUUUUCUAAAGAACGA